UGAAGUCCGAACUAUAUAUUGUCGGAAACAACUCUCCACCUUCACUUACUGACAGUGGCACAGAGAGCGAGAGAGAGGGAGGAACAACAUAAGCUCUAUUCUGUUCUCUUCGAAGCUCUGAAUCUGUUGUUGUCCAUUUUAACAAAGUGCAGUCAAAAGUGUAUUUAUAAAGAGUUAGUUUUGUAGCAUUCCUGUAAUCUGUAAAUAAGAUCAGUAUGGGUGAGGAAGAACCUGUGACUGAAGUUUCCAAAGCAGAUUCAAAUGGCAAGAGUUUGUUGGAGAAAACUUUAAAUGAAGGGGCAGAAAAGAAGGACUUGGGAACUGAUGGAGGAAAUGUCUUGGAGAAUAAUGGAGUAAAAAAGUUGAAAGGGGCUGAAAUAAAUGGAGCUAAUGAAGAGAAGAGAGCUGAUGGUGUGGAAGAGAUUGAAGGAGAUAAAAAAGUUGGUAGUGCAGAAGUAGCAAAAGAUGACAAGAAAAUUGAAGAAGCAAAGGAUGACAAGAAAGUUGAAGAUGUGAAAGAAGUAAAAAAGGACAAGAAAGAUGAUGAUGUGGAAGAAGAAAACGAGGACAAGAAAGAUGAUGGUGCAGAAGUCAAAGAGGAUAAGGAAGUUAACAGUGUCGAAGAAGUAAAGGAAAAUAAGGAACUUGUUAGUGUGGAAGAAGGAAAGGAGGAUAAGGAAAUUGAUGGUGUGAAAGAAGUAUCAGAGGUUAAGAAAGAUGAUGAUGGACUUAAACCUGAGAAUGAGAAAACAGAUGCAGAUGAGGUCAAGGAAAGUAAAGAAGAAAAGGAAAAGGUUGAAGCUGAAAAACCAGAAGUGGAUGCAAUGGAAAUAGAUGGUAACACUAAAGACAUGCAGGAGAGUGGGGAAAAGGAAGACAAGGAGAAAAUUGAAGCAGAGCUGGACGGCAACAAGGAAGAGGAGGAUGAGGAUGUGGAUAAUGCUGGAAAGUCAAAAGAAGAAGACAAAGCUGAAGAUAGCAAGGAUAAUAAAGGAUCGAAAAAGCGUUCGAGAGGGAAGGUCAAUGGGGAGAAAGUGAAAGAGAAAAAGAAGGAAUUGACGAAGAUAGAGCCAAGGACUCCAACUGUUGAUCGUCCUGUUCGAGAGAGGAAAUCUGUUGAGAGGUUGGUAGCAUCAAUAGAGAAAGAUGCAAACAAAGAAUUCCACAUUGAAAAGGGUCGUGGUACACCUUUAAAAGAUAUACCCAAUGUGGCAUUUAAAUUAUCUAGAAGGAAGACUGAUGAUACUUUCAAGUUGCUCCAUACAAUUCUCUUUGGAAGGAGAGGGAAGGCAGUUCAAAUCAAGAGUAAUAUAUCAAGGUUUUCUGGUUUUGUGUGGCAUGACAACGAGGAAAAGCAUAUGAUCAAAGUUAAGGAAAAAUUUGACAAGUGUAACAAAGAAAAACUACUGGAAUUUUGUGAUGUGCUUGACAUAGCAAUUGCCAAGGCAACAACAAGGAAGGAAGAUAUUAUUUCCAAGUUGAUUGACUUCUUAGUUGCUCCUCAUGCAACCACAACUGUGCUACUUGCAGAAAAAGAAAAGGGAAGAAAGCGCAAGCGUGUUGUGAAACGAGGUACUUCAAGGUCUGGGAUAACAACUUCAAGACGUUCUACUAAGAUUAUUAAGAGUCGGAAGAAAAAUGAAGAUUCUUCACCAGCAGAGGAAACAAGGAGUGACACAGAAAAUGAGUCUGAGGAUGAAGAGAAAGACAAAGAAAAUGAGGAGGAAAAUGAAAAUGGUGUUCAUGACAAAUCUGAGGAUGAAACGCCAGAGAAAUCUGAAAGUGAGGAUGAAAGUGAUUCUGCAAGUGAAUCUGAAGAUGAUAAAAAAAGGAAACAAAAUUCAAAAACAUCAUCCACAAAGAAAGAAUCUGCUACAAAAAGUAAAACUGAGAGCGUUACAGUUACGAAAAAAUCUCGGUCAACACCAAAGAGGACACCUAAGAAAUCAUCAGCCACCACUACCAAGGUUGAUGAUGAGGGCGAUGAAAGUCCAAAGGUCUUUUCAAGAAAGAAGCAAAAUGAUAAGGCUGGAAAGCAGAAGACAUCAACUCCAUCCAAGUCUGCUUCCAAAGAGAAAACAGAAAAAGUUACCAAAGGAAAGGGCAAGAAGAAUCAGAAAAAGAUCCCCACUGAUGAUCAGCUGCGCAAUUCAAUUUGUGAAAUUCUUAAAGAAGUUGAUUUCAAUACGGCCACAUUUACUGAUAUUCUGAAGCAACUUGCCACACGUUUUGAUUUGGAUCUCACACCGAGAAAGGCAUCUAUAAAGAUCAUGAUUCAAGAGGAGCUGACAAAGCUAGCUGAUGAAGCAGACGAAGAAGAUGAAGAGGAUGCUGAGAAAGGGGAAACCCAACCUACUGGCCAGGAAGUUGAAACCUGAGUAAGGAUUAGCCUUGACUUCUUGGAGAUAGGUUUAGCAAUGUAUACUUUUAACCCCCAUCAUGCUACAUAAGUACACUUUGCCUUUUGCCAAGUAAAAGUGGCUGUAACUUAUUCUUGGCAUCCAUGGAAUCACAAGAGGAGGAGAAACUAGUAUUUGUGAAAAUUUAGUAGAAACAUUUGGUGGCUGCCAGUGAGCAACCCUUUGUGUACGCAACAGAAUCUGUAGGGUUUUAGUACUAUCCGUGAAUAUUUACUGACCAAACAUUAGCUUCAACAGUCUGUGUAGUUCAAUAAACACUUACCUGUGAAGCUGUCACCUUUCUGUGCAUGAUAAACUUUUGCUGCUGUUGGGUUAUUCCCCUCGCAACUCUUCUGCUUUUACUUUAUGUCAUCUUAUUUAAGGGAAAGUUCAAUUAACUCCUCUGAACUUUGAUUUA